GCUAGUAUCAUCUAACGCUUGUGGCGUGGCUCUGCUACCAUUAGCAAUUUAGCUCUCCAGCAGCUAGUUAACAGUUGUGACGUAUGGAGAGUUAAUUUUUAAGAAGUAUUAAGAGAAGCCACAAACCUUCUAGCAAACAUUGAAAACUCUUGUUUUGUGUAUCACUGUUUCAAUCGUAAAAGUAGCAGUAAACAUUGAUUUGGGGGGAGGGUUUGUAGGUGGCGGUCCAGCCCGCAGUGCAGACCCCCAGGAAAAUCAUGGAGUUGAAAUCACAACGAUUUUCUGGACUUUUGCUCUGUAAAUUGUCUAUCCUUAUUGUCUUCUUAAUCUUCCUGAUUCCAGAAAUACAAGCGCAAUACAGGGAUAGGGAAUCUAGGAUACUUGGAGGACGUAGCAGAGGAAAUCGAGUACUUUGUGGAAAUUGUUCAGCACCAGGAUGUAAAUGUGUUGGAGAGAAAGGAUCGCGGGGACCUCCUGGGCCACCUGGUUCUAUAGGAGAACGUGGUUUACAAGGAUUUCCAGGAAUGGAAGGUUUACCAGGUGAAAAGGGGCAGAAAGGUGAAUCAGGAUCUAGAGGACCAAGGGGUCCAAAAGGAGAUAGGGGAAAAAUGGGAAUCCCUGGCUUUCCAGGAAUAAAUGGAAUUCCUGGUUUGUCUGGUAUGCAAGGUCCUAGGGGUCCUCCAGGUUUGGAUGGUUGUAAUGGAACAGAUGGUGCUCCAGGUAUACCUGGGACAACUGGAGAUAUUGGACCCAUAGGAUUUCCUGGUGAUCCUGGACCAAAAGGAACAAAAGGAGAGCCUGCUAUUGGACCAGCAGGUCUUAAAGGACAGAAGGGUGAACCUGGUAGAGAUGGGACAGUAGGGCCUCCGGGUUCCCCAGGUAUUGAUGGCUUUCCAGGACCACCAGGAACUUCAGGUCCACCAGGUUUAAAGGGUGACAGAGGUGAUAGGGGUUUAGUUGGAAUGAAAGGAAACAUGGGUGUAGGUUACACAGGGAUGAAAGGAGAACCAGGACUUAAGGGUCAUCCUGGUCCACAAGGACCACCAGGGGUAUGUCCUAAUACUUCAGAACAAAUUAAGCCAAAUGAGACAAAAAUUGGACCUCCAGGACCUCAAGGAGAAAGAGGAAUGAAGGGGGAGAGAGGAGAAAGAGGAAGAAGGGGUUAUGAUGGAAUUCCAGGACCUCAGGGCAAACAUGGAGACAUUGGUAUGAAGGGAGAAAAGGGUUUAGCUGGAAUACCAGGACCAAGAGGUAAAGAUGGUUUUCCUGGGCCACCUGGACCAGAUGGUUUUAAGGGAGAUAUUGGAGAGAGUGGACUUCCUGGGUUAAAUGGACUUCCUGGUAUGAAAGGUGAACCUGGAAGAGAAGGAGAAUCAGGUCCAAGAGGCUUACCUGGUCCACCAGGACCUCCUGGAGGAUCUGAAGGAGUUGCAGGACCACCUGGACCUCCAGGACCUAGAGGUCCUAAAGGACCAGCUGGUUAUCCAGGAACAGAUGGUAUACCAGGUGAAAUUGGACUUCGUGGACCUCCUGGAAUCCCUGGUGGUGUUGGGUUACCUGGAACUCCGGGAAGAGAGGGUUUACCAGGUGCCAAGGGUGAAAAAGGAGAGCCUGGACUCGAUGGCCUUGCUGGACUUGAAGGUUCAUCAGGGAUACCUGGACCACCAGGAGCAAAAGGAGAACCAGGACCAAGAGGAAUCCCAGGGUUAUCAAUUCCAGGACCAAAAGGUUUGGAUGGAACUCCAGGACAAUCUGGGUUCCCUGGACAGAAAGGAGAAAGGGGGGAUAGAGGAGAAAGAGGUCCAGCUGGUGAUUCACUAGAAGGUAUACCAGGUUCUCCUGGACCUCAAGGACCUAAAGGUGACAAAGGUUUUGAAGGUUUUUCAGGUCAGCCUGGUUUUCCAGGUCUCCCAGGUCCUAAAGGUGAUAGUGGAGGAAGUUGUUUGAAUUGUAUCCCUGGAUCUAAAGGUGAGAAGGGUGACAGAGGCUUGGAUGGGCCUCCUGGGCUACAGGGUGAAAGAGGUUCACCUGGACCUUCUGGACUAGAUGGUCAGAAUGGUGAUGAUGGAUUACCUGGUUCAAUUGGACCUCCUGGUAAAGAGGGUGAAGCUGGUAUUCCAGGAAGGGAUGGAGCGAAAGGAGACAAGGGAGAACCUGCUGUUGUUCGGCCUGAAGUAUUCCUUGGACCAAAAGGUGACAAAGGUGAUCGGGGUCCAUCCGGCCCAGCAGGAUUUCCAGGAUUGGAUGGUCAACCUGGACCUCCUGGACAACCAGGUCAGCCAGGAGUUGAUGGGGAGAGAGGCCAGAAGGGUUCUCCAGGCUAUCCUGGACCUCAUGGAAGGCCUGGUCCAGAGGGUCCAGUUGGUGCCCCUGGUUUGAAAGGCGAACCUGGCAUUGGAAGACCAGGACUACCUGGAGAAAAAGGUGAUAGUGGGGAACCUGGAAAAUCUGGACGUAAGGGUGAAAGAGGGCAUAAGGGUGAACCAGGGAAGUUACCAGCACCUGAAAAUCUCAUUUACUUGCCUGGACUUCGUGGACAAGAAGGGGAGCCUGGAAUAGAUGGAGAAAAAGGUGAUAUUGGUCCACGAGGACGACCUGGAUUAGAUGGUAUUCCUGGUUUAGAAGGUUUACCUGGAAAAGAUGGACUCCCUGGAGCACCAGGUCCUAGAGGACUAACUGGACCACGUGGAGAGAAAGGAGACCAAGGGCCAAUAGGUUUCCCAGGAGAUCCAGGGCCACUUGGUCAGGCUGGAUUCCCAGGAGCACCUGGUUUAGAUGGACCAAAAGGAGAUAAAGGUCUUCCUGGAAUUGGACCACCUGGUCAGCCUGGUAUCCAAGGGCCUCUUGGUCCAAAAGGAGAUAGAGGUUAUCCUGGAUCUCCAGGUCCAAAAGGUGAUCAAGGGUUGCCAGGAGUUCCUGGUGCCAAAGGUGAACCUGGACCACCAGGACUAAAUGGACUUGAUGGACUUCGAGGAGAUAAAGGAGAGCCAGCCAGAGAGGGACAGCCAGGUUUACUGGGCCUCGUGGAACCUGGCCAAGAUGGAAUAAAAGGUGAAAGAGGAUACCCUGGACCACCAGGACCACUUGGUCCACCUGGACCAAGAGGAUCAAGGGGAGAUAAAGGAGAACCAGGUCUUCCAGGGUUUCCUGGUAUUGAUGGAGAACCUGGGCAGGCUGGAUUACCUGGAAGAGAUGGACUUGAUGGAAAUCCUGGACAAAAAGGUGAUAAGGGAAAUGCAGGAAGUGUGGGAUUCCCUGGUCAACCAGGAAAUCCAGGAGUAGAUGGCCAACCUGGAAUUCCUGGACCUAAAGGAGAUAGAGGAUUUGAUGGUGCACCUGGCAAAGAAGGUCCUCCAGGAUUGAAUGGAGAGAAAGGAGAGAGAGGAUUUCCUGGACUUCCUGGUCUUAAAGGAUCACCAGGUUUUGCAUCAGCUAAAGGAGAGAAAGGUGAACCAGGAAUACCUGGCGUAGAAGGACCACCAGGAAACCCCGGCUUACCAGGUCUAGAUGGUCUACCAGGUGAACAAGGUGAUGCAGGAAUACCUGGAAGAGGACUUCCUGGACCACCUGGGUCUAAAGGUGACAGAGGUUUAGAAGGUCCUCCUGGCUAUCCUGGACAACCUGGUGAAAAGGGUGCUGAUGGAUUACCUGGAUUUAAUGGCAUGAAAGGAGAGAGAGGGCAAGCUGGAGAACCAGGACCUCCUGGAACAUCUGGCUUAGAUGGGUUAGAUGGAGCACCUGGUGAACCAGGAAGUGAUGGCAUACCAGGACUACCAGGAGAUAAGGGUGAACCUGGGGAACAAGGGAUUAGCGGAUUCCCAGGAGUUAAGGGAGACAUUGGUACAGCAGGAAGACCAGGCUUACCUGGGUUUGAAGGUUUGAAAGGUGAUAAAGGUGAACCAGGCAUACCUGGACUGCCAGGUGUUGAAGGAGAAAAGGGUGAAAAGGGAGAGGUAGGACGACCUGGUUUAACAGGUCCUCCUGGAGUAAAGGGUGACAGAGGACUUGAUGGAGUUCCUGGAUUGCCAGGAAUAAAGGGGGACCGUGGACAAAAUGGAUUAGAUGGCAGACCAGGAGAGGAUGGGAAACGAGGAUUUACAGGGCCACCUGGGCCUAUUGGAAAGCCUGGACCUCCAGGAGUUCCUGGAUUUGGAGAGAAAGGAGAACCUGGCCAAUCAGGUCGACCUGGUUUUGAUGGAAUACCUGGUGAACCUGGUCCAAAGGGUGACAAAGGAUUUCCAGGCCGAGAAGGAAUAAGAGGGCCUUCAGGAGAACCAGGUCUACCUGGAGUUGCUGGACAAAAAGGUGAUAGAGGGGCACCAGGUUUACCUGGGUUUCCAGGACAAGCACUUCCUGGGCCUAAGGGUAUUGAUGGGCUACCAGGUUUCCCUGGAAACAAAGGUGAAAGAGGUUAUCCUGGACAGCCUGGUCCAGUUGGAGAAAAAGGAGAACCUGGUCCUCCAGGUCAAGAUGGAUUUUCUGGGCUUGAUGGACCUAAGGGAGACAAAGGAAAUGCUGGUUUACCUGGAAGUCCAGGUUUUCCUGGUCUCAAGGGUGAACGUGGUUAUCCAGGCCCUAGUGGUCCUUCUGGAAGACCAGGUGAGAAAGGUGAAAAGGGUCCAAAAGGAGAUAAAGGAUUACAACCACCCCUAAACUUAUAUAGAGGAGAGAAGGGUGAUAGAGGAUUGCCUGGAGAGAGAGGACAGUCUGGUGAAAAGGGAGAUUUAGGUCUAAGAGGACCUCCAGGAAUAAAAGGUAUUAAAGGAGAACCAGGAAGAAGAGGACCUUCAGGUUUACCAGGAUUGGGAGGUCCUGUAGGAUUAAAGGGUGUUGAUGGAUUCCCAGGUAUACCAGGUCCACAUGGUAAUCCUGGUGUCAAAGGCCCACCAGGUCUGCCUGGACCCCCAGGCCCUCCAGGUGGUGACUAUCUUAUGGGUAUCCUUUUGGUAAGACACAGCCAAUCUCCAAAUGUGCCUCAAUGUCCACGGGGCAUGAAAAGUGUCUGGGAUGGAUAUAGCUUACUUUACAUUGAAGGCAAUGAGAAAGCUCAUCAUCAAGACUUAGGUUAUGCUGGUUCCUGUCUCAGACGUUACAGCACCAUGCCUUUCCUCUUUUGUGACUUCAAUAGUGUUUGUAACUAUGCCAGCCGAAAUGAUAAAUCCUAUUGGCUUUCCACUACUGCACCUAUUCCAAUGAUGCCUGUUGGAGAGCAAGCUAUACGUCAGUACAUCAGUCGCUGUGUUGUUUGUGAGGCACCUGCUAAUGUUAUUGCUGUUCACAGUCAAUCGCUGAGCAUUCCUGAUUGCCCAAGAGAUUGGAGUGUACUUUGGAUUGGUUAUAGUUUUGCAAUGCACACAGCAGCUGGUGCAGAAGGAGGUGGCCAAUCUUUGUCCAGCCCUGGUAGCUGUUUGGAAGAUUUCAGAGCCACACCAUUUAUUGAGUGUAAUGGUGCUCGUGGUACUUGUCAUUACUUUGCUAACAAAUUCAGUUUUUGGUUGACAACCAUUGAACCAGAAGCUCAAUUUGAACGACCUGCCAGUGAGACCCUCAAAGCUGGUAAUCUUAGGUCUCGUGUUAGUAGGUGUGCUGUUUGCAUUAAAAAUACAAGUUUUGGUUCUUCACCAUGAAGGAGCUAUAAGCUUUCUGUUUGAACUAGAAAUCAUAUUUCUACUAUAAAGUUACUGCUUUAGGGGAAAGGGGGGGUUAGGGCUGAUGAAUUGAACUAAUAAUACCAAUUUCCCUAGAAGCUUCCAUAAAUAUAUAAUUUGUUAUGUAUUUCUUGUUUAUCCGACGUGUUCUGAGUAACAUUUAUAGUAAAAAAAGUCAUAUGUGUAUGUAUGUGUUUUAAAGUAAUUACAAUGUUUUAUAUAUUUUAAUGUGCUUGCAUGUUACAUCUAGUUUCUUGUGUGCCUCACUUGUUUCACUGUUGAAAAUGGCUAAUGUAUAAAGUCCUAGUUAAUGAAAAUUUGACAUAUUUACUUUGUUUUUUUUAUACUUUAAGGGUGCUGAGUAAACAGAGCCAUGUAGUGACAAUGUUUUUUGUUAUCUGUUUAUUACUUCUUGUGCAGCUAUACUGCCUAUGGUGCUACAUGUUAUUAUCAGGAGAAAAAAAGAGCAUCCUGAAUAGAAGGAAUAUUUUUUUUAAACUUUGAAAGGAAACUUACAGCCUACUCAAGUAUCUUUACAAGUAAACCAUCAGAAAUAAGGGAGAAUUUUUUAGAUUUUUUAAUAUUAUAGAAAUUGUUCAGAAAUUUAUUUGCAGGUGCUAACAUUUAGCUAAAAGUUUUGACAUUAUACAAAGUUUCUAUGUAUUAAAUCCAUACUUUUUACAUUGAUUUUAUAAUAAUGAACAGAAUAAACUAGAUUCUUAGAAAGAGGGCAACAGGUACUUACCAACAAUAUGUAAAUUCGAGUUGAAGCAAGUUUUCUUUCAAAGAAAUGUUAACAUGUAGCCAACCAGUUAAUAUAAUUUGUUAGAAUGAAGAUGUAUUACCAUUGCAAUUGAACACUGCCAAAACUUUGAAAAGCAAAUUUUUAUGUAACUAGCUGUUCUGAAUAAAAGAUAUGUUUGAAUAAUCUUUGAUUUUUUAUGAUAAAUCUGAAAUAGCUAAUAAAGUAACUCAGGCUAAUACAAUA